UGAAUCUUCAGUCUCUUACUCAUUUUUCACCUGCAGACACCUGUGUUGCCUCCUGCAUCAGCUCUUGUCCCUGUAAAACCAACAGCCUGUCUCUGAGUCUUUUGCUUUGUAGUAAAUGAUAUUAUUUAUUUUGUAGUUUAGUUCACGUACAUUUCCCUCUUUCUCUCCCUCCCUGUUUUGGAGAGCUGAGUGGUCUAAUAACUUGAAGGUGCACCAAGGGUGUAUUCCCCUGCUCAAGAAUACAGUGUAGGAGAGAGGCAGAGUUGUCUCCUCGGGGCACACAUACAAACACUGUGUCCCUGACAGUCCCAGCCGUGUUUGGCAGCGGUGCUGCCAUCGCCCUGGGAUGGCUCAGUGCUGCAGUUGAAAGGGAAAAGACGAUGUGACAGCCAGGGGAGGGUCUGAACAGAGUGGUAGCUCAAAGCUAUCACAGCUUUAUUAAGGUGUGCCACCCUUAUUUAUAGGGUGGCAGGGGAAGGUUCCAGAAACCGGGGAGGAGCAUGGGACAGGCAGAAAUAUAGACCAAUCAGAAGGGAAAGGAGGGAAUAAGGAAAGAGUGGGAGCCAGUAGGGGAAACAUCUGCAAUGCAGCAGAUUAUAACCAAUCAGAAAAUAGGUAAUAAACAUGAAGGGAAAACUGUGAAAACAUUUGACGUAAACCAGGGGGCGGGGCAGCAUGAGGAACUUCGAGACUUUGUCUUGGAUGCUCUGUAUUAUGUAGAGGAGCAAAAGAACAAGAAGCCCCUUAACAAGUCCCUGCAGGAAGCUGUCGACACAAUCUGGGUGAAGCUGAGCCGGAUGACGAAAGUUCCAGCCUGCAUCCCACCCUGUGGAUUCCAGCCAGAUGCCCGUGUCUUCCAGUGUGCCACCUGCCACUUUGCAGACUGCGAGUUUCCCCUGGACUGCCCAGUGCAGGACCUGCAGACCUACACGGAUGAGACCAUCGUGCUGCUCUGUGAUGUGCCCUUCUCCUUCCCCGGCAGCCUGCCCGUCACCUGGAUGUUUGUCCCAAAUCUGCGCACACAGGACCUGUCGCUGUUCAAGGAGCUGAAGGGGAAUCCAGAGAACCCCUCCAGCCUGACCAUCGAGGAGCCCGCUCCAGGAACUGUUGCCUGUCGCCUGGGGGAAGUUUCCAAGCCCUUUGCCCGCAAGUUCUUUUACCUCAACGUGUCAGAGGGGAGCGUGGAGGAAGAGAGAGGGCUCCAGGCUGUGUUCAGUACUGUGCUGCACUGGCUCCACAACGAGACCCCCCUGGUCCCCACACCAACAAUGGGGCUGGCACUGGGAGUUGCCUCCAUGGCGCUUGUGCUGCUGCUGGUGGCCCUGUGGCAGUGUGCCCGCUGGACAUCCCGCAGGUGUGAACAGCAGGGUAUCCCGGAGGAUUCCGGAUCCCCGGAUUCACCCUUGGGACCUUAACACAUGGAUUCAUCCCCGAGGACCGACAUUUCUGCAUUUGGUUUUUUUGUGCUGGUUGUGCAAAUGGGAACAGUCUAGAAACAGAAAUACAGAGUUCUGAAAGUCUGGAUUAUGCCGGUGGUAGAAAUCUGGGGUUCUUUGACUUGCAGACAGAAAAACUGGGUACCAGGCAGCAUUUUCCUUUUCAUGGGUGGACAUUCCAGCUGCAGUUGGAGCUGUAGAGCUAUCAGUGCUUGUGAUGGUGAUGGUGGAGGAGCCCGAGCUGUGGCCCCCAGGCUGCAGCCCAGCCUGUCCUGCCCUGUCCUGACCCCAGCAAGGACCUGCUGGGGUCCUCCUGCGGGUGUCCUCCAUUUCCCUCUGUGUGCACCCAGAUCUCCUCUGUUUCCCUCAUCAAAUACUCAGAUCUUCUCUGUUCUUUCUAGUGUCUGCUUGUGUCUCCCCUCUGGGCACACUCACAUCCCUCGUUUUCAUAAGUACCUUCAGAUUCCAUCCAUUACCCUCCACUGGUGAUCAAAUCCCACUGUCCAUUCUGUGGGUGCUUGGUUCCUAUGGGUUCCAUGAUGAUGUCCCUCCCAGCCCCUCUGUGUACCCUCAUUUCCCUCCACUUUCCCUCUAUGCACACUUAGGUCCCCUCUGUUCCCCUCACGCUCAGACUCCUGUUGCUUGCCCUCCCUCCACCCGGUUUCAUUCCGGUCCUGGGCAGACACUUGCUUUCCUCUGUAGCCAUCAUCCUGCAUGACCAAUCCCCCAAACCCAGUGCCCAGAGGCCACAGCUGUCUCAUCUGCCUUACAGAAAUCUUUCAUCAAGGCUAUUCAGCUGCCUUCUUGCAGGUCAGGACUGUGGCCCACGGGUGAGUCGAGACUUCCUCUGCUUCCCUUAGAUGGAAACCCCUCUGCCUGUGUCCUGUGCUCCAGAAUGCACCAGCUGCUCCAAACACUGUCACACAACUCCCUGGAAGUCUUGGGGCCCCACCCAGAGCUGGGCUUAACAGGAGCAGAUUAAACAAGAGCCCCUUGACCUGGCAGCACCUGCUGCAGUGGUGGGAGGCAGGGACAGCCCCGUGUUUGCUCUCCACCUGGUUGGUGACUGUGGCGUUCGAGUGUUUGUUCGCUGAGCUACACUCUUCAAAGUUCCCAAAUAUGCUUGUUACCAGGGGAAAUUCCAUCCAAGUCACUAAGCACUCACAGAAGAGACCAUUCCAAGGAUUCUUGCUGGUAUGGGGAUUAUUUUCUUUGCAGCUCAGGGACCUGUGCACUCAGAACCACAGGCACCUCCACCUCAGCUGGUAUUUUCUGAGGGCGUGAAGGAAACCAACCUGAUCUCCUCCUCCAGGAGAAAAGGGGGGCAGGACCCACUCAGCCCGCCCACUGCAGGAGGCACUACAAAUGCCUCUGUGCAACCAGCUGCUCCAGAGCUCUGUGCUCCAAGAGCAUUCCCACCUGGAGCCAUGGCAGCCCAGUGCCUUCUGCUCCUUGCUUCCCUGCUGCUUUUGGCUGCUCCAGGCCACUGUGUGCAUACAGAAACCCUAAACAUCUUCAAGAAAUCUCCCUCCAAUGCUUCAGCGAGUGCUCUGAAGAAAACCAGUAGGUUGGCCCAGGGACUGCAGUGAGGUCCCUGAUGGCAGCUCCAGCGGUGUCUACAUCAUCCAGCCCUCAGGAUUGCAC